GUUCAUUAAGGACUUUGCCCUUGACCCGAGGGUAUAAAGAAAAGGGUCUUAGUUCCUCUUUAGACUUCCCCCAAGCAGCCGGGCUGGAGCUGAGCCACAGUCAAGGACUCAUUGUGGGUGCCCAACAUGAUGUCCUACAGCGAGAGAUUGGGGGGACCGGCUGUCUCCCCACUUCCAGUCCGUGGGAGACACAUGGUGCAUGGGGCAACCUUUGCUUAUGUGCCCAGCCCACAAGUCCUGCACAGGAUUCCUGGAACAUCCACCUAUGCCAUCUCCAGUCUGAGCCCGGUCACCCUCACAGAGCACAGCUGUCCCUGUGGGGAAGUCCUGGAAUGUCAUGACCCACUACCCGCCAAGCUGGCUCAGGAAGAGGAGCAAAAGCCAGAGCCCAGGCUGUCCCAGAAGCUUGCCCAGGUUGGCACGAAGCUCCUGAAGGUGCCUCUGAUGCUGGCUUUUCUUUACCUCUUUGUCUGCUCCCUGGAUGUGCUCAGCUCCGCCUUCCAGCUGGCUGGAGGGAAGGUUGCUGGGGACAUCUUCAAGGACAAUGCCAUCCUAUCCAACCCAGUGGCAGGGCUGGUGGUGGGGAUCCUGGUGACAGUUCUGGUGCAGAGUUCCAGUACCUCUACAUCUAUCAUUGUCAGCAUGGUCUCUUCCGGCUUGUUGGAGGUGAGCUCCGCCAUUCCAAUCAUCAUGGGCUCCAACAUCGGAACCUCUGUCACCAACACCAUUGUGGCCCUGAUGCAGGCAGGGGACAGGACUGACUUCAGGCGGGCUUUUGCAGGGGCGACCGUGCAUGACUGUUUUAAUUGGCUGUCUGUUCUGGUCCUACUGCCCCUGGAGGCUGCCACGGGCUACCUACACCAUGUCACCGGGCUUGUGGUUGCUUCCUUCAACAUCCGAGGUGGCCGUGAUGCCCCUGACCUUCUCAAGGUUAUCACAGAGCCCUUCACAAGACUCAUCAUCCAGCUGGACAAGUCUGUAAUCACCAGCAUUGCCGUGGGGGAUGAGUCCCUGAGGAAUCACAGUCUCAUUCGGAUUUGGUGUCACCCAGACACAACAGAGGCUUCCACUUCUAUGUCCAGGGUAGAGGCCAUCGGCAGCCUUGCAAACACCACCAUGGAGAAAUGCAACCAUAUCUUCGUGGAUACGGGGCUGCCCGACCUGGCCGUGGGGCUCAUUCUGCUGGCGGGCUCCCUGGUGGUUCUCUGCACUUGUCUCAUCCUCCUUGUGAAGAUGCUCAACUCCCUGCUCAAGGGCCAAGUGGCCAAUGUCAUCCAGAAGGUUAUCAACACAGACUUUCCAGCCCCCUUCACCUGGGUCACGGGCUACUUUGCCAUGGUGGUGGGUGCCAGCAUGACCUUUGUUGUCCAGAGCAGUUCCGUGUUCACCUCAGCCAUCACCCCACUCAUUGGCCUGGGUGUGAUCAGCAUUGAGCGGGCCUACCCUCUCACCCUGGGCUCCAACAUUGGCACUACCACUACAGCCAUCCUGGCAGCGCUUGCCAGCCCCAGGGAGAAGCUAUCCAGCUCAUUUCAGAUUGCCCUCUGCCACUUCUUCUUCAACAUCUCGGGCAUCCUACUGUGGUACCCGCUGCCCUGCACACGCCUGCCCAUACGCAUGGCCAAGGCCCUGGGCAAACGCACCGCCAAGUACCGCUGGUUUGCUGUCCUCUACUUGCUCGUGUGCUUCCUGCUCUUGCCCUCGCUGGUGUUUGGCAUUUCCAUGGCAGGCUGGCAGGCUAUGGUCGGUGUGGGCACGCCCUUUGGCGCCCUACUGGCCUUUGUGGUGCUUGUUAAUGUCCUGCAGAGCAGAAGUCCCGGUCACCUCCCCAAGUGGCUGCAGACAUGGGACUUCCUACCUCGCUGGAUGCACUCUUUGCAGCCCCUGGAUGGCCUUAUCACAAGAGCCACCUUGUGCUAUGCCAGGCCCGAGCCCCGUUCACCCCAACUUCCCCCUAGAGUCUUCCUAGAGGAGCUUCCUCCAGCCACGCCCUCCCCCCGCCUGGCACUGCCUGCUCACCACAAUGCCACCCGUCUCUAGGCUACAGGCCCAUACUACUGCCUGGAACGGGGAGUGGUAUUUUUACAGUGCCCACAGUAGAAAGACAGAGCAUGUGUGUGUGUGCGCACACGUGUGUAGAUGCGUGUCACUUGAGGUACAUGAUUUUGUGCCACCCUUGGGUACCUGUGCAUAUUAAGGGCCACAGUGGCGUGGGCUUUUGUAAUUAAGAGGUAGUGUGCACAAAUACAUGCUAGGUGCUGAGCCUGUAUGACCGUCAGUGCGGGUGUAUGUGAGUACACUGUGUGGGUACAGGGGGGUGCAGAUGCCUAGGGAGUCUCCAAACUUUUCUGGAAAGAGUCAGCUAUACCCUCUCAUCUUCUCAUGACUCUUGUACCAACAGGAGGGACAGAAGAACAGCUGGCCUUCUGUAUACAUGGGCCUUACCUCUGCCAAUUCUGCUAACUGUGCAUAGAAAAAAAAUUGAAAGUUGCAUCUGUUCUGAUCAUA